GCAGACACGAAUCACGGUGUAUGUGGGUUUCCCCGCAAUGGCAAGCCGUGGUCAGGACGAAACUAAAGUGUUAUUAAAGCCAGGCUCUUCAAAUCAUCUGUCUUCAAGGCGGAUCCUUCAUAAUAAUGCGCGACAUGCCUUUCUUUCGCUUCACCCUUGCUCGCAUCGUGGUGAGCCAGUUGCUCUCCGUGGGCAGCCCUGGAGGGCUUCUCCCCGGGGUAUGGGGUACGGGUCUGUCAUACGAAGAUGGCGUUGGCCCCCAAGCUCAAGUCAUUGACCAACGGAACUCCAAUGCGCUCUACAAUGUCCCUCCCCCGUCACUGGCGGGCGGCUUUUCGCAAUUCUCCCCCCCAGGAACGACCAAGGAAUCACUUAUCGCUCAGCCCUUUCACAUCUACGACGAAGAGUUCCUGGCCAUCAUCGGCCCCAACCCAACGUUGACGCUCCUCAACCACACCGAAUCAGACCCGAUAUUCCACGAAGCGCCUGUCUGGUAUCCCGCGAAGGAUGAAAUGUUCUUCGUCCAAAACGCUGGCGCGAGGGCUGCCGGGACCGGCCUCGCCAAGUCGGCCAUCAUUCAAAAGAUCCCUCUGUCCGCCAUCUCCCCCGAGAUAGUGAGCCAACGGAACGCAAGCGGUUCUGUGAAAGUGGAAGUCGUAGAUUCCAACCCCCAGGUUAUUAACCCGAAUGGGGCGACAAACUACGGAGACCAACUUCUCUUCCUCGGCGAGGGUCAAGGAGAGAAUAUUGCUCCAGCCAUGUAUCUCAUGAACCCGGAGCCUCCGUAUAACACGACAGUCAUCCUGGACAACUUCUUUGGCCGCCAGUUCAACUCGCUCAACGACGCCUCGAUCAACCCCCAUAACGGCGAGAUUUACUUCACGGACCCCACGUAUGGAUACACACAGUCGUUCCGUCCCCCGCCGGGGCUCCCGAAGCAGGUCUGGCGGUUCAGCCAAGCCACGGGAGUAGUGAGGGUUGCGGCUGAUGGGUUCAAUAUGCCCAAUGGUAUCGCCUUCUCACCAAGCGGAUCCCACCUGUAUGUUGCCGACACGGGAAUGACCCAAGCCUUUUUUGGUGACGAUUUCAGCUUCGCUUCAAGCAUUUACCGUUUCGACGUCCUUGAAGACGGCACGCUGGAAAACCGCAAGACCUUCGCAUUUGUGACGCCGGGGGUGCCGGACGGCAUCCAUGUUGACACCAAGGGAAAUGUCUACGCUGCAUGUGGGGACGGUGUACAAGUGUUCAAUCCGUCUGGGAAGCUGAUCGGCAAGAUUUACCUGGGAAGAAUAUCGGCCAACUUUCAGUUUGCUGGGAAAGGGCGCAUGGUGAUUCUGGCCGAAACGGAGUUGUACUAUGCCACCUUGGCGGCCGAGGGCGCCUUUCCGGGGAAGCUAUAUUGAAGAGGGUGUGAUGAAGUUUGAUAACCGUUUUCAAGGCUAGCGUGUAAUUUUAGGUACUUCGUAGGGAGUUUCGAAACGCAGACACAAUUUCGAUCGAG